AUGAGCGCAGCAGCCGUUGAACGUGCAUUUACUAUGUGGGCUGAGAGAAAAAUCACCUGGGACCCGCCAGUAACGCAAUCCCAAGUAGGUUCCGUAGCUCGGAAAGUCAAGCCGGUUCGAGAGCUCAACAGGGCUACUGGCAAAACAACCGGUAGCCAUGCGGCGUUCUCUGACACGAACUGGGGCGAGGCUACUCGCUAUUAUGCUACAUCAAUCAAAGCACUCAAACAAGAGACGAUGGACGACAUAGUGGCAAAAGCAAGCACCUACAUUGUUGGAAAAGGACGCUCUAAACAGCCGGCCACAAGUACAGAUGGAGGUGCUGACCCUCGAGCCCGUCUAGCUGAUGUUUAGGCUGUAUGAUCAAAUACAUUUAGUGUUUUCCCCAGCUAUCAUGAAUUCCUUGUAGACUCUUUCCACAUCCCUGCUCAGUUUGUUUUGGUGAUAAUUGUGUCUUGAAUUGUGUUUCGUCUUUUACAACUCGGAGCACUGACUUUUUCUUAUUCUCAUUUAAUGCUACUUGUUCCGGUUCUCGAAAAUAUCUUGCUUUCAUCUUAGGAGUUACUUCUUAAUGCCUUAAUAAAAAUUCAAGAGUUGUUCAAGUUUG